AUGUCUGAUCUCGCAAGCAAGUUUGAACUCGCCGUCAAGUACGUCCAAGACGGAAUGGCCAAGGAUCAAUACAAGGAUUCUAACAAGGAAUUGACUGAUGAUGAUCGUCUUCUCUUCUAUGCUUUCUACAAGCAAGUUACUGAAGGUGAUGUUAAGGGAUCUCAACCAUACGCUAUCAACUUUGUUGCUAGAGCCAAAUGGGAUGCCUGGAACAAGGUCAAGGGUUUGUCAAAGGAAGAUGCUAUGCAACAAUAUGUUGAUUUGUUGAGUCAAAUGGCUCCAGAAUGGUUCUCUUAUUCUGGUUUGGACAAGUACAGAAAAUAA